GUUGUGUAUUUCCAAAUCCCGCCCAAUUGGAUAUCUUUAUCCUUGGUUUUUCAAAAUUUGUGAUCGUUUGUUGUCUGUUGGUGACUUUAACGUUGGUGUUUCUUUCUAGAGUCUUGUUCGGAACACUCACCAAACCACGCUCCUCUUCAAAUUCAUAUAUACCCAGACAAACCCUAGAACGACAAACAACACAAAACAAAUCCUCUUCUCCCAAAUCUUCCAUCCCAUUCUCAAUGGCCAACUCAGAUUCCUCUCUUCCUCUCUCCACCAAGAAGGAGAACGUCACUCCCGUUACGUCUAAAAUCGCGGAACUUAAUGAAUCGAGAUCGGAGCUUCUCGGAAGAAUACAGAGUUUGAAACAGGAUUUGCAAAGUUGGAGGUUUAAAUUGGAUACACAAGUCAAGGUCUAUCGCGAUGAGCUGUCAGAACUUAAGAAAACACUUAAUGUUGAAGUGGACCAACUUCGGCUGGAAUUUCAAGAUUUGAGGGCUACCCUUCAGCAGCAACAAGAGGAUGUUACUGCUAGCUUGAGAAACUUGGGGCUUCAGGAUGCCUCAGACAUCAAGCACGCUCCGGCACAGGAGACAAAGAUUGAAGUUGACAAAGAAGAACAUGAAGUGGUAGCAGAAGAUAAUAACAUUAAAGUAGCUGAAAAUUAAUCUGCCUUUAAUUUGGAGUAUUAGUGUUACACCCUGGAUAAGCAGAAUGACUCUGCAGUAUGUUAGAUAUUUGAUGUGUUUCAUUACUACUAUUGGGUGUAAUACAGAACUUAAAUCAAUGGUAAAUUUCCCGUUGCCCCUCCUAA